AUGAACGGCGACAGCCACUCGGUGGCGAUGCCAGCCGGACAAGACGAUGACCAACGCAGCAACAAAAUCCGUAUGAAGAAGAGGCGAGAAUCGUUCGAGCUGCUGCUGCGAGAACUGUACGACCAGUGUCCACUGGUCAACGAUACCUUUUCAGACACGUCCAGCACCUGUGAGGGUUGGCAGCACGGAACAUUGAGUGCCAACGCUCCGAAAUACACCCGGGCGUCGUUGGUCAACGAAGGUAGCGCUAAUAUCAACUCUACUGUAACCGUUAGACCGCGUUUGUUUUUCGGUUUGUCUUCCAAAAUGCGACCCUACUAUUUUUCGCUAGCCAGGACCGACCGGACAAGUGAAAGAGUCAACGCCUCAGCCGCCCGGUCAAAAUGGGUAACGGGUCUUUUGAGCAUUUUGCGGAAAUGUUGGUCUGAAUCCAGAGAGAGCUAG